AUGGGACAACAAGAGAAAGAAAAGAUCGAGGAGACACCACAAGAGCACGAAAUCGACAUUGCUCGCAAAAAGGCUGAACGUAAAUACAAUCGAGGCAAACCGGUUGCUUUUGAUAAAGUCAAAGACAAGAAGCUCCGUGCCAAAUUGCAGCGACAAGAAGAACAGAUCCGAGAAGCAAGUGAAUCAGCAGCCAGGGCCGAGCUUUUAUUGCAAGAGGAGGCUGGUUUCCUUGAAGCAGAAGGGGUUGAGAAAACAUACAACUACCGGCAGGAUCAGUUAUCCAAAGAAGUCGAUAUCAAUACAAGCAAAAAGAUAUUUACGCUCGAUCUCCCCGAUCAUGGCCCUUAUUGCAUUGAUUACACAAGAAAUGGACGGCAUUUGCUUAUGGGUGGCAAGCGUGGUCAUCUUGCAGCAUUUGACUGGCAAACGGGUCGACUUCAUUUUGAAACACAUGUCAAUGAGCUUAUUCGAGAUGUCAAGUGGUUGCAUAACGAGACAUUGUUGGCUACUGCUCAAAAGCAGCAUGUGUUCAUUUAUGACCAAUCCGGUCUUGAAAUCCAUCGUUUGAAGCAUCAUCAAGACGUUAACAAGCUCGAGUUUCUUCCCUAUCAUUUCUUGCUUGCAUCCGUGGGCAAUGCAGGCUAUCUCAAAUACCAAGAUACAUCUACAGGCCAAUUCGUGACCGAGUUGCGAACAAAGCUAGGCUCUUGUCAUACGAUGGCACAGAAUCCAUGGAAUGCUAUUAUACAUUUGGGUCACGGCAAUGGUACUGUAACAUUAUGGUCACCCAAUUCAUCUCAGCCACAUGUCAAGAUGCUUUGUCAUAAGGGCCCGGUACAAUCGCUGGCGGUGGAUCCUUCAGGUCGAUAUAUGGCAACAGCUGGAUUGGAUGGCAAACUCAAGAUCUGGGAUAUCCGUAAAUAUGAGCCAUUGCAGGAAUACUAUUCACCUCGACCUGCAACCUCAUUAUCCAUUUCACAACGUGGUUUACUUGGUGUUGGAUGGACAUCGCAUGUCACGAUUUGGAAGGAUGCAUUCCGAACCAAGCAGCAAUCACCUUAUAUGAAUCAUUUGCAACCCUCAUCUACCAUUCGCGACAUUCAAUUUGUACCCUACGAAGAUGUUUUGGGCUUUGGCCAUGCCAAGGGUGUAAGCAGUAUUGUUGUUCCUGGAGCAGGCGAGCCCAACUUUGAUACAUUGGAGGCCAAUCCUUACCAGACUGUCAAACAACGUCAAGAAGCUGAAGUGCAUAGUCUUUUGGACAAGUUACAGCCUGAGAUGAUUGUCCUUGAUCCUACACAAAUUGGUCGUGUGACACGUGCCAGCAAGAAUGACAUCUUGAAACGUCGACGAGAGGAAGAAAUCAAGAAUGACGCUGAGAGAUUCAACCAGAUGAAAAAGAAAACCAAACGACACAUGCUGCGACAACGUAACGUGGUGGAUCCUCGAAAGGUUCAAUUACAAGAAGACUUGCAGUAUCAACGAGCCAAGAUGGAAAAGAAAAAGAAUGCAAAGCCAUUUACUACAUUAGACAUUUUCGAAUAA